CCUCAUAGAGGUAAUGAGCCUUGUGACAUCAACAUGAAUUCAAGUAGCAUAAGAAUAAUGAAAGUCCUGGUUUUGCUGCUUUUUGUAACAUUUAUUCAUGCUGAUUACAGAGGGCGUGAUUAUGAAAAAUCUAAAGUUUGCAAGGAAUUCACCAAUCUGGGGAAAGAUGACUUCCGGUCUUUAUCAUUUGUUCUGUACAGCAGAAAAUUUCCCAGUGGCACAUUUGAACAGGUCAAAGCCUUAGUGAAUGAAGUUGUCUCCUUGACAGAGACUUGCUGUGAUAAGAAUGCUGACCCUAACUGCUAUGAUACAAGGACUUCAGAAUUGUCUGCCAAGUCCUGUGAAAAAGAUGCUCCAUACCCCAAACACCCAGAAACUGACAAGUGCUGCACCUUCGAAGGUCUUGAACGAAAACUCUGUAUGGCAGCUCUGACACACCCACCCCAAGAGUUCCCAACCUACGUGGAGCCAACAAACAACGAAAUAUGUGAUUCCUUCAGGAUGGAUCCCAGAGGCUUUGCUGAUGAGUUUUUAUAUGAAUAUUCAAGUAACUAUGGACAAGCUCCACUCCCAUUAUUAGUAAGUUACACAAGAAAUUAUCUAUCCAUGGUUGGGACCUGUUGUACAUCAGCCAACCCCACUGCCUGCUUCCUCACAGAGAGGCUUCAGAAUAAACAUCUAUCACUACUCACUACAAUGUCAAAUAGAGUUUGUUCACAAUUUGCUGUCUAUGGGAUGAAGAAAACGAGAUUCAGCUACAUUGUUAAGUAUGCCCAGAAAGUACCAACAGCUGAUUUAGAAGAUGUAGUCCAACUGGCUGAAGAUAUGACCAAUGUUCUCUCCAACUGCUGUACCUCCAUUCUUGAGGACUGCAUGGCCAAUGAGUUAGCAGAACAUACUGUGAAGGUUUGUGAGAAGCUUUCCACCAAAGACAAGAGAUUCGAACAUUGCUGUGGAGAAAGCAGCCCUAUGGACAUUUUUCUGUGCAUUUAUUCUAUGCCAGCUGCUCAAGCUCUCAAACUUUCAGAAAUUGUCAGACCCAGCCAUGAAGAGAUAUGCAGCACAGAAAAUAACAAAGCACUGGAUAGAUACACAUAUGAACAAAGCAGGAGGAAACCCAAUAUUCCAGAAGUGUUCAUCACAAAACUACAUGGCUUAAUGCUCAAAGUUAUGAGUGACUGUUGCAAAUCUGUGGAACCAGAGGCUUGUCUGCGUUCCCAGAGACCAUUAGCAAGAAAUGAAAUGGCUUUAUUCUUCACCAAGGCAGAAGAAUUAUGUGGUGAUUUCUCUCAACAUACUUUUACUGGGUAUAAGAAAAGGUUGACAGAGCAGUUUAAGACCAAGUAUCCUGAAACUAAUUCUAAAAUUAUUAAGGAGAUGGUUGAAAAUCGGACUGACUUUGCCUCUAAGUGCUGUCUGAUGAAUUCACCUCCCUUAUACUGUAAUACUCGGAUUGAUGCUGAAACUAAAAAUUUCUGUGGCCACGAUUCAUGUCUGUUGUCUCUGGAAUAAAUAUGAUGAAUGACCCCUGGAGGCAUGAACUGAAAGAAAAUUGAUAAGUUUCUGGAAGAAGCAUAGAAUUGACACACUUCUACCUUAUGAAGCAUAUUCCCCAGAAUUACAUAAAUACAGCACAUAUAUAAAUAAAAAUAAUGUGAAAUGUAUAUUAAAGAAAUGCUAUAAAAAGUGCUGUCACAGCAAUGGGAUAUCAUUUAUUCUUUUCCUAUCUUUGACAAGCAAGUCCUGCCCUAAGGAUAUGGGUUCCUUGAGGGCUGGGAAUUUUCAUUUUUGUUGUGAUAUACCCAGAACUUAUGAGGUCCAGCGCAUAGUUGGUGCUUAAUAAAGGUUUAUUGACUAAGUGAUAAAA